AUGCUACACUCAAAAUAUGUGGGAGCAUUCGCGCUCGCUGGGAUGUGGGAGUUCAGUCGCAAUUUUGGCAUUCCAUGUCCUGGCAAAAGCACGUUCUAUCGAUACCUUGGGGGCGAUAAUGGGUUAUGGAAAACAAUACUUAGGGAGGCGGAUAAGUCGAUGGCUUCGGUGCGGGAGGAGAUGAGCAAACGUGACAUCCCAGCCGAAUAUGUGACGGUGGAUGGCCGAUGGUCACAUGUCCGAGAGGGUGAGUGGUGCACAGUAUCGUUCAUGGACAUACCGUCGCGGAAGAUCUUGUACUGUGUAACAACACGUAAAGGGGUGGAUGAUAAAUCGUCGGUGCGAUUGGAGCGGGUGGCAUUCGACAGAGGGGUUGAUGAGUUGAAGCUGUUGGAGUUCGAUGUGAAGGGCAUCAUUUCGGAUCAAGGGACCACGUUUAGAGGCGCUGCGGCAGAGCGAAAGCUGGAUCAUCAGGUGGAUUGGUGGCACGUGAAACGGACGCUGUACAAUCUUUUCUGCAAGGAGCUUCAGGAUCAGGUGCGGAAGGCUGUGGAGGUGGACAAGGCUAGCUGUAUCGAGGAGCUAUGGUUGGCUAAGGUGGAAGACUUAAGGCAGUGGUUGAGGACCAAAGGAUUGGAGAAAGAGGCGAAGGGGACACUCAAAGCAUCACUUGUGGAGGCGGUAUGUGAAGCCAUGGGUACCAUUGCAUAUGUGAAGAUGACCCCUGAUGAAGCGAAGUGGAUGUUUCCUGAGUUGCGAAAAGUCCGGCGGUUGGGAGGAGAACGGGCAGCGGUAGAUGUCCCAGUGGGAUAUGGUGAGGUGCGUCCUGAUACUACUGGAGAGAUGCAGCCCAUCGUGCGAGAUGAUGCGGUUGACGAGGCGGAUGCGGGCACAACCCAAGUUGAUGUGCAGUGGGCGGAUGUGGAGGAGUUAUGGCAAUACGAUAUCCAUCCUGUGCGUGGUGCGAGACCAUCGUCAUUGGCUAGUUCUCUCAUCGUGCACGCACAUGCGGGUGCAUGCAGUAACUUACGAUUCAUCGGCGGGACGACUCCGUGGGCCAACGUUGAUGAAGCUACUGAGACGAUGACUGGCUGCAACAACGAUGGUGUAGCGGGUGAGACCGACAAUCAGGGAAGUGACGUCGGAGAGAAUUUGCCCCAUUGGACUGGGCGGCGAAAACGGAAACGUGGCGGAGAUGAGAUAAACGCAGGUAAUGAGGAGAGUAUGGUGGCGCAGCACUUCGCCUCGCAUUUCUUCCAUGUGAUGAUGCGUUGCGCGGCGCUGUUGAAAGCGGGCACCCCUAUGACCCCCGAAGAUGUGGCUAGGGAAAUUGGGAUGGCACCUAACCACUGGGCAGGUGACCACUUCGAGUGUGGACGGAACGGGAGUAUUCCUCCAAGGUGUGUUACCGAGAAGUGGGGCAGGGAAUGUGCACUUUAUGAGUCUGGAUCGGAAACGCACAAGGCGGUUCUUGCAUGGUUCAAGAAAUGGCUUUCGCCAGACAAGGUGAAACCCUAUGUUCACGGAGCCAACAGUUCCAUAAACGAGUCUUUCCAUUCCCUGAUCAUCAAAUACGCUGCUAAGCGUAUCAGGUUCAAAGGUAGUCUUGAGGCACGAGUGGGGCUGGCUGUCCUGCAUUGGAAUAACUCGAUGGACAGGCUGGUCACAUCGUAUCGCACUCGUGUACGGCAAGUAACUCGGGUGCGACGGGGCAACAAGGAUCGAACCCUCGGACCUAUGGAUUGGUCUUGGGUUGAUCGGAUUAUGGAGGAUUGGCAACGAUCGCUGGGAUUUGGAGUCGACGAUGAGAUUAUGGAGACGGCCCCGAAGAGGCAGGCGCAGCAUCCUGUCGACUUACCUUGUGGAGGGCGACACCCAUCUGUUGUUGGGCCGGUUACUCCUGUGCGAGAAGGUGGCAUAGUCCGCGGCAAUACUUCGACGCGCGGUGCUGGGCGCCGUAUCUUAUUUAAGAUCUGUACCACAUUCUCACCAACCCUUACUCUUGUCUUAUUUAAGAUAUUUUGA